GGCCAUUUAUAGAAUGUAGGCCUAAAUAAAAGAUUUAGGUUUAGGUUCAAACGGUUUAAUUUUAACAUUUAUGUAUACAUGAAUAAAUGAAUAUUUGUUUAUUUACUUUUUGUAUGUUUUAUUAUUCACCAUAAUCAUCAUCAUAAAUAUCUUAGCAGAAAGAAAAAUAAUUUCUAUUUCAUUGGAUCGGAAUUUCAUGUCAAGCAUUUCUGACUGCAUUACCCAGAAGCCUUGGCUGAUGACAACGUGUGUUUAUUUUCAUCACCGUAGCAACAGAAGGCGGAAGUAAAAGUUGUCUUUACUGCUAAAUACAUAUUUAUAAAUCGUGUACAGUUCUUUUAAUCAUGAGAGCAAAUAACAAGUUUUCACCUUUACAACAAAGUAUGCAAAAGGUAAGCAAGCACUCUAAUAAAAUUUUAUAACGAAUAGUCCAUGGCAGGUGUUUUUCUUUCAUUGGUAUGUAACGUUAUAUUGUUUUCUAAAGCCCAAAAAUACUGGAGCAGAUCGCGGGCCGAGGCCAGCAGACGUCCCAAUGCUGAAGUUAGAGACACUGCAAGACACAGCGGAAGAGGUGGGAAGACAUGACCUGAUGAUGAUGAUGAUGAUAGAAAGAAAGUAGGCUGUACCUGACAGCAUCUUGCCAUAAUUCCAAAGGAUGCUGCUAUGAAGAUCUCUGGAGAUCUGUCAGGCUUUAGCUGGGGCUCUCCUCCUCCCACAAACUCAAAUCAGUGUUUCGAAAUUAAAAAUGAUGCAAAAAAUCCAGUAUCUGUGGGAUCUGACAAUGAGGAACCACUACAGCUGAGUAGCAGGGUUCAGACACAGAGAAGUCCGCUGUACAACCACAAAUCAAACCUGAAUCCUCCCGACUUCACCUUUAAAAACACAGCACAACCCAGCCACAACCCAUCCAACACUGCACAAUCCAACAGCAAGAUGAAAGAUGCGGAGGAGCUUACAGAGGAGAGGAAACUACAGGCAGUAAUUGAGCAGGUUAUGGCGGAUCAGCUGUCGAGGGCUGUCAUUAGCGAUCCGGAACAGAAUGCUGUGUCUGUCAGUCCCACGAGCGUCCCACCACGCUACAUCAGAACUCUUCAUCACACUAAGGUAAAAACCCAAGCAUCUUUAACAGAGAACCUCCUUUCCAACAAGCUUCGCUUUCAUGCCAGGAUUUUGUCAAGAUGUGGACGUGAAGCGUGUCGAGAGCUGAUUGGUUUCUUUUUCACAUGCGACCAAACACUGACGGUGUACGAGUACAGAAAUUUUGGUAAAAACAGAUGGAACGCUCUGCCCUUUAUCGCUCGUGGUGUGUAUUUGAACAGAGGGAGACCGUACAGCCUGCAGGACAUCUCACAGGGUGCCGAGCUUCACUUCUGUACAGACGGCCCACACUUCCCCCACAGCCUGAGACAGCAGCCGCGCGUCUCCCUCAAAGUUACUGAUGUGGAUGAGACUGCCAAGAGACGCCUGCUAUCCCAGGAUGGGGAAAGCCUAUUUCAUCUCUCUGAAGAGGAAAUCAAUGAAAGAAAAACCCUGAAGGCAAUCCAAGAUGUGGUGCGUGAUAAGCUGAGGGGACAUGCGGUCCAAACCCUAUUCAAUCUAGGGAGACAUCUGCAGAAUUUGGAUCUGAAGGGUGAUCGUGUUCCUCAAAAAGAGCUGCUCAGAAAAUCUCUCAUGGACCAUCUGUGUCUAACUCAACAGGACUUCGAGGCGGUGUGGAGGAUUGUGAGUCGGCGUGCGGAGGGGCGGGUGCACCCCGCCGAUGUGAUGCGUGCCGUUACUGGGGAGAUGACCGAGAAUAGAAAAGCUGUCUUCCUGAAGGUUUAUGUAAAGCUUGACCCAAAUAAAACUGGCUCCAUAGUGUUGAGUGACAUUGAAAAAUUCUAUAGAGGCAAACGAGAUACAUACACAACACGUGAAGCGAAUCCAGUUCCUGACUUCCUGACCUUCAUAGAGCAAGUCGGACAGAUCGGCAAGAGUGUGUCCUACGCAGAGUUUGAAGACUAUUACGAGGGUCUGAGUAUUGAAAUCCUUGAUGAUGAAGAAUACAUUAACAAUCUAAGAGCUGUGUGGAGUAUCUGAGUUUUUUUUUACAUUAAUUUCUCAGGCUUGCUUAUCGUUUUUAAAAUUACAAGUACAAUCCAAAACAUGAUGUUUAAAUACAAUUACAGACUGGGCUAAUGUAGAAUCUGGAUAUAAUUCCUACAAUGCUGACUGUAGUAAACCCCAUAUGAAAACUAUAAAACAGAUCAUUUAAAAUACUGCCGUGAUUGUAACAUGCUAACAAGUUAAAAUGUAAGCGCCCCUUGAAGUUUGAGAAAUUGUUUGAUUUGUGGAUUUUAUUAAAUGACAUCAACAUUU